UUACGUCCUUCGCACUCACGAAUUGCGUUCUAUUGUUUAUUGUCAUAAAUCGCAUAGGAAUACGUAUUCCUUAUUAUUUUGUUUUCUUUUGUCAUCCACACGUCAGACCAUUCAAUCAUGUCGAAACUAACCAUCAUCUUGUCAAUGGCCGCGUUGUGCUCUCUGUCCACAGCGGCUCCAGACUUCUACAGCGACAAGGAGAACGUGCUGCAAGCCGAGGGAUUCGGAAACGAAGAAAUUAAAGAGUCCAAUUUGAUUACAAAAUGUUAUGACGAGGAAACUAAAUUAGCCUACAAGGUAGACUCCAUUUGGUAUCCAGUGGGAAGAUGUGAAAAACGUACUUGUUCGAGGCAAAAGGACUCAAAGACCCCGACAAUCAAAACUAUGGAAUGUGAACCUUGCACUUCAUGUAAAUUGCCUAAUCAUACAUGCCAACCAUUCCGUUCUGAUAAAAAUUAUCCUAAGUGUUGUUCACAGUGUUUAACAAAGUCUACUGUACUUUUGAAACCAGAAUCAAAGAAAAAAUACCAUAACAUUUAAAUAUUUUAUAAUUAUUAUUGAUUGAUGUUCUAAAACACAAAACUUAUACAUUCAAUCCUAUUAUUUAUCAUGUAUAAAAUAUAGGCACAGUAUAUUAAAAAACAUAUCAUAAAUUGAAUACAGUGUAUACACUUGAAUACAAUUUGCUGUUAUUACUUAUAACAUAGUUAAGACACAAAUAUUUUAAUUGACAAGUUAUGCUUACAUAGUUAGUUGAUAUUUUUGUAUGAAAUAUGAAAGUUAGUGUCAAUAUAAGUACAAAAAUAUUUAUUGUGAAAAGAUUAUUGUACGACAUAUAAUAAUAUACCAAAAACAAGAAUAUUUUUAAAAUUACCUAUUGAAAUAUUGAAUUUAAAUCUAUAAAAAUUGAACAAGUACUUGAAUAAUUGUUUAUUGGUAAUCGUUUUUUGUAGUCACAGAAUAAUAUAAUAUAAUAAUAAUAUUCUGUGGGAUAGGUAGUUGUAUAGAUGAAGAUAAUAUAAUUAUAAUACAUUGAAAUUUGGAGGUAUCAAAUAAACUUAAAUUUUAAAAUUA